AUGAAGCCCGAUGACGUCCGUUCCAUCCUCGGCGCGACCAAACAAAUCGGCUCAUAUUACUCGAACAAUGACGACGCGAUGGACUUAGACCCGGUAGAUCCGGCGUUCGCCCUGGCGUUGAACAACCUGUACAACAUCACUCCCUCCCGUCCGAAACCACCGCCAUCUCAACCCCGUAUACCCCGUGAGGUCCUGCAGCGUGUUGCAGCCAACAUCAAAGAGGUGGAGAAAGCGCUUAAGCUCCCGGAAGGGGUCCAAGGUGCCCAAGAGCCCCCUUCUACGCCUCCCAACCAGUCCGUUGCUCCCGGACAAGAUAACAACGUCCAACCCAGCCCGGUUGACGUUGACGCCCUGUUGAAAAGUCUCAAAAAUACUCUCGACAACCUGCCCGACGACCUCCCCGAUUAUCUUCCUGACGAGCUUCCAAACCCAACACCCGGUGUCCUGACGGUCCAUAAGCUCUUCCACUUCCUUCGUGCCACUCCUCCCACGGUAGGAUUCGUCAUCCCCAACUCGGAGAGACAGAUCUGGUACAGACCUACUCAGCAGGAUUAUGUGACACUACACGCAAAUCCAAAGGGUGUGGCCAACCUUGUGGGAGUCUACCUCGAAAAUCCGGACUACUUGACCUCGUACCUGACUGAUGGGUGCGGAUUUGUGCAAGGCUGGAUCCUGUACGACCAAGGUCAGUGGUGCACUUGCCGGUAUGACGAUAAGAAGAAUAGGUUUGUGACGCGGGGUGGGAGUGAAACUGCUGCUUUGGACGUCGGGUUCAGGACGCCUUGGGCGCCGGAGUGUGGAGGUAAGGGUGCUGGACUAUCUGGCGAGGUGGUUCAGUUUCGUGGUUCCUCCCCGGGGGGCGAUAUUGUGAAGAUUAUGAGGGCUUGGACGCAAACCGAACAGCUCCAACAAGCGGGGGAUGGUCCUGGACCAUUAACGCCGAACGGGCCUGACCCGGAGCUGGAAGGUCAGGAUGGGAUUGACUACACCGUCAAUUCACAAGCCGUGCUUUGGGACAUUGACAGCCGGCUUCCAGGGUCCACGGCCAUGUCUCCUACGAGAAAAUCCAAGCGCCGACGUGGUGACGAGGAAGUGGAUGAAGCCGGCGAGAUGAGCAAACGUCCACGUGUGAUUUUGGAGAAGCGUCGUCAUCUUCCUGAUGGGCCUUCGUCUCUUCAUGAUCCCUUUGUGGAUGGUCCGUCGGCUAGUGUUCCUCUUCCUGCUCGUGAUCCUUCCAGCGAUGCUGGGGAUCAUAUGAUGCUGGGUAAUGAUGAAGAUGUCGGUCCUUCCGCUGCUCCCGCUGCUCCUCAAAAUGCUCCUCACGUCGGCACCGCCAACAACGGAACCGUCCACAACAACAUGCAGGCUCCCCAGCAACCCCAGAGCAUCAAUCCACCCGCCGGGGGCAUCCCACCCGCAGCGAUUGCGCAAAUUCGUGCACAAAUUGCAGCGAAAAAUUUCGGCCCCGGGAAUCUCCCACCCAGAGCCACGGUUGCGGAAGUCCUUGCAAUUUGGGCUGUGCAGAAUAGAACGUUCCCCGAGUCGCCAGGAGAUCUUCCGAAAGGGCAAUACUGCGGUACUUGCAAAAACCCUAGAAGGCCGCCAGCCGCAAAGAACAAGAACAAAUGUGAGAGAUGCUCAGCUCUCCAUAUCGCCAUCCGUGAACUCAACUUUGAGCGCGGCUGGUGUACGGCCGAGGGAUGUGAUGGACACGUGGGAUUUCCCCGGCCUCGGAAGCCCAGUGGACCAGUUUUGCAUGGUGUGAGCGAUGCAGGAAAAACAGCAGCGGCAACGAGAUGCUAA